UCGCCAGCACCACUGGUCCUUCGCACAUUUUCCGAGCUGCCGAAAUGGUACCAGGACAAUCCGCACAUUCUGACCAACUAUCGGCCAGUGUCGAGUAGCUAUAAUGCUUGCAUUUCCAGCCUACUCCACCUACAUAAUGAGACACUGAACAUCUAUACUCACCUGAUACCUGCGCUCAUUCUAGCGCUGGCGCUACCGACUCUCCAAAUAAAGAUUUCUUCCAUCUACGUAGAUGCGCCUUGGUCGGAUCGCUUUCUUCUGACUCUGACACCCAUGGCUACUCUGAUCACUCUCUCGUUGUCUGCCAAUUAUCACACUUUGAUCAAUCACUCUCCUGUGGUAUCUGCAAGCUGUCUGCUCCUGGACUAUACCGGAAUUCUCGUUCUGAUCCUCACGUCGUUCAUAUCUGGUAUAUAUGUCGGCUUCUACGACUCGCCUUUUCAUCAACGACUUUACUGGACUAUGAUCGCAUCCCUAGUUGGUAUAUCAUGCCUAUUUGUGAUGCAUCCACGCUUGCAAGGCCCGCUAUACCGUCCUCAUCGGACAGCGGCCUUCAUUAUGACCGCUUUAUCUGGGUUCGGGCCCGUCAUUCAUGGCUGCGUUCACUACGGGAUCUAUGAGGCUUUCUGGUACAAAGGCGUCAUGUGGUGGCUGGCAGAAGGAUUUUGGUACGGUAUCGGCGCCGCGUUCUUUGCGACCAGAUUUCCCGAG